CUGAAAGGCGUGUGUUUUUGAUAUGUGUUUGAUACUUUUAUUUGUAAUCAAAGGAAGUGAUUUUGUUGCUGUUUCGUGUUUGUGGUUCGUUUUAGAAUUUGGAUAAGGCUGAGGUUCAUUUGAGUGAACGCUGAUUCUCCGACUUUCAGGAUCCGUUCAACUGAAUUACUUGUUUGUCAUUUCCACUCAGAUAAAGUGCUGGAGAUCUCACUCUUCUGUCUGUUCAGCUUCAUCAUGGAUGACACACAAACACACCGACAUGAAAAUUUUUCUCUAGGAUGCAGUUCUGUUGAUCAGAAGAGAUCAGAGGCAGAGCCCAGCUGUGUGUUUAUGAAGAGUGAUGAGUCUACAGAUCAUCCACAACAUUUCAGUUCAGUUCACCAGAAGAAAUCAGAUCCAGAGCCCAGCUGUGUGUCUAUGAAGAGUGAUAAAUCUAUGCAUCAUCCAUUUAAUUUUAAGCGUGAUGACACAAGAUCAGUAACAAAACCUGUCUGUAAGAAAUAUGACCAGUCUGUGAAUCAACCACAAGACAGCAUGCAUCCUGGUGUGAGCCAUGGAGUCCUCAACAGGUUUAGAUCAAAUCUGAAGCAGAAGUUUGAGCGUCUGUAUGAGGCAACAGCGACGCAGAGAAACCCAACACUCCUGAAUGAGAUCUACACAGAGCUCUACAUCACAGAGAGUGAGAGUGGAGAGAUCAGUAAUGAGCAUGAGGUGAGACAGAUUGAGACACAAUCCAGGAGAGCAGCAACAGAGGACACAGCCAUCAAAUGCAGUGACAUCUUUACACCUUUACCUGGACAAGACAAAGCCAUCAGAACUGUUCUGACAAAGGGAGUCACUGGCAUUGGAAAAACAGUCUCUGUGCAGAAGUUCAUCCUGGACUGGGCUGAAGGGAAAGAGAAUCAGGAUAUCCAGCUCAUUUUUCCACUUCCUUUCAGAGAAAUCAACCUGAUGAAGGACAAAACACUCAGUCUUUCAGAUCUUCUUCAUGUCUUCUUCCCUGAAACUAAAGAAAUGGAAAUAUGCAGUGAUGAAUAUAAAGUGUUGUUCAUCUUUGAUGGUCUGGAUGAGUGUCGUCUGUCUCUGGACUUUAAGAGUAAAGUGAAACUGUGUAAUAUAUCUGAAUCGGCCUCAGUGGACGUGCUGCUGAUGAACCUCAUUGUGGGGAAUCUGCUUCCCUCUGCUCUCAUCUGGAUCACCUCCAGACCAGCAGCAGCUGAUCUCGUCCCCUCUGAGUGUGUCCACCGAGUGACAGAGGUACGAGGCUUCAAUGAGCCACAGAAGGAGGAAUACUUCAGGAAGAGAAUCAGUGAUCAGAGUCUGGCCGAUACAAUUAUCUCACACCUGAAGUCAUCAAGGAGCCUCUACAUCAUGUGCCACAUCCCAGUGUUCUGCUGGAUCUCAGCCGAUGUUCUGGAGAAGAUGUUGAGUCGAGCAGAGAGUGGAGAUAUUCCCAAGACUCUCACUCAAAUGUACACACACUUCCUGAUCCUUCAGACCGACAUCAAACAUGAGAAGGACUAUGAGAAGAAGGUGACCGAUGAAGACAUGAUCCUCAAACUGGGGAAACUGGCUUUCCAGCAGCUUGUGAAAGGAAACCUGAUCUUCUACGAGGAAGACCUGAGAGAGUGUGGCAUCGAUGUGACAGAAGCAUCAGUGUACUCAGGAUUGUGCACUCAGAUCUUCAGAGAGGAGUUUGGCUUUUAUCAGGGGAAAGUCUUCUGCUUUGUUCAUCUGAGCAUUCAGGAACAUCUAGCAGCUCUAUAUGUGCACCUCUCCUGGAUGAACUACAGCAGAAAUGUGUUUGACCAAAGCACCAAACAGAGUUUGUGGUCUAAAGUGAAGAACUUGUUUCAACUUAAUUCAUCAAAACAUGUUUCAUUAUCUGAGCUGCAUCAGAGAGCUGUGGAUGUGGCUCUACGGAGUAAAAAUGGACAUCUGGAUCUUUUCCUGCGUUUCCUUCUGGGUUUGUCAGUGGAGUCUCAUCAGAUUCUCCUACAGCGAAUAAUGACACUGAAAAGAAGCAGCUCUGACAGCAAUGAGAAAACAGUUGAGUACAUCAAGGAGAAGAUCAGGACCAUUGACUCUCCAGAGAAAUACAUCAAUCUGUUCCACUGUCUGAAUGAACUGGGUGAUCGUUCACUAGUGGAGGAAAUACAACAGUAUCUGAAAUCUGGAAGAUUAAGUGAAGCCAAACUCUCUUCAUCUCAGUGGUCAGCUGUAGUUUUUGUGUUGUUGACAUCAGAAGAGGAACUGAAUGAGUUUCAUUUUGAUAAAUUUAAAGUAACAAAUAAGCCUGAAAAUAUGAAGGUUCUUCAGAAGUUGCUGCCUGUGAUUAAAGAAUCCAGAUCAGUUCAGUAAGUAUCAAUGAGAACAAUCACAAUCACCCUCAAAGCAUCUUAGGUGUAUAUGACUUUUUUUCUUUCAGACAAAUCCAACCAGAGUUAAAUUAAAAAUUAUCAUGGCUCUUGCAAGCAUUAGAAUGGGAGUAGGUGGGUUUUUUGUUUAACAGUCCAAAAGUAGUCAAAUAAAGCAUGCGCAUCUGAAAUAAAACGUGCAUCACAUGGCUCCGGUGGGUGAAUACAGAACUCUUGUAGUGAAUCGAUGCGUUUUUGUAAGAAAAAUAUCCAUAUUUAAAAUGUUAUAAACACUUUUCUCUCACUUUCGCUGACUGUCAUACAUGCAAGCUUUUCUGGGCGAUGACGUAGGACAUGUGAAAAAGUUAGGACACCCUACUGAAUGCCAUGGUUUUUCUUAUUAGGAUAUAAUAAAAAAGGUAACUGGUUCUUUCCAGGUCGUAAUAUCUGGAAAAUAAAACCUCAGAUGAACAACAACAAAUGACAUAUUGCACUGUGUUUUUGGUUAUUUAACAAAAAUAAAGCCAACAUGGAAAAGCCAUGGGUGACAAAAUUAGGACACCCUUACUGAUAACAUA